AUGGCGGUUUUCCGACGUAUGAACUCACACGAUCUUAUAACUGGAUGGAGGUAUGGUUCGUGGGGAAUUUGCUUCACUUAUGGAACAUGGUUUGGAGUAAAAGGGUUGGUCUCGGGUGGAAGGAGUUUCAGUAACUGCUCAAACAUUCGUAAAGCUUGUGACUUUUUGCUGUCCAAACAACUCCCUUCUGGUGGCUGGGGAGAGAGUUAUCUGUCCUGUCAAAACAAGGUAUAUACAAAUCUGGAAGGUAACAAGGGUCAUGUAGUAAACACUGGGUGGGCUAUGCUGGCUCUCAUUUAUGCUGGACAGGGUGAGAGAGAUCCCACACCACUGCACAAAGCUGCUAUGUGUACCUGA